AUGAAAAACUCCCAGGGGAGGGACUAUAACUCGGUCAGGAUGGUCCAGAAGUAUCGGGAGGGAUGCCGGGUGCCAGGAGGCAGCCCCGAGCUGGUGCAGCUCUGGAAUGACAUUCACUACUGUCUGCUCAUGAGGAGGCUUGGCGUGGCCCUGCUGACCCCCGUGCAGAAGUUCAGGUGCAGGAAGAGGAACCCACCGCCUCCCUCCCUCUGCCCUGACGGCCUCAAGAGCCGGAACUUCCCCAGAGAAGUUCGCCAGAAGCUGCAGGACUUUGCCUCGAGAGUGAGCGCCAACCCCAGCAAGGCCCAGCGGGAGGACCUGGCCUCGGAGACGUGCUUGACCGUGGAGCAGGUCACCAACUGGUUUGCCAAUUACCGGCGGCGCCAGAGGGCCCUUGUGCAGCGUGCAGCGCCAGCCCAAGACGCGGUGGACAACCCCAGCGCGACGGAGGCAGGUCCACGCCCUCUGCAGCCUGUAGGCCACCCCCACCUUGGCUUUAGGUGUGUGGACAGGCCUCAGUGGUCAGCAGGACCUGAGGAAGGUGGGCCUGUACAGACCCAGGAGGCCACCCAAGGGCCGUGGGAGCCCCUGGCCCCGACCCCGGACUUCUCUGGAGAUGGGACUAUGCCACAAUCACUGGCUUCCGGGUCUCUGCAAGGUGGUGAGAGGUACCGGGGACCUGGCCACGGUCCUGCCGCUCUCCCCACUGUCCGCCCUAGCCCGGGCCUCUGCCCUCUGGCUGCUGGCAACGACACACUGGACCCCUCUCUGGCUGCCCCCAAGUCAUGGCUGAUGUCCCAUGCACUGGCGUCCUCCAAGGAAGAUCCCCUCCAGACUGGGCAGCUGGUCCGCGGUCUUGGGGUGGACUUGGCCAUGCACCCUCCUGAUGCUGCUGUGGCUGCGUCCAUCGCUGCCCCCAGUGAGCCCAGCCCCACAGGAUUUGCUGACCCUCCCAGCGUCAACCCCCAGAGCACGUACCUGCAGGAAGGUCCAGGCACCAGCGGUGGCCGGGCAGAGGGACUGGCGCGUGGCUUCCUGAUGACACAGCCCCCAGCGCAGGCUCCCAAAUUCAUCCUUGCCCAGAGCACCCCGGAGCUGGCCCCAGCCCCGCCUGCCUUUCCUGGCCCCUUGCCUGCCGUGGAGCUGAGCCAGCCCCUGCCCUCUGGCCAGGUGCUGUGUCCUGAUGGCCAGGCCUCCAGUGACGCCUGCUGGGGAGCCAGGAUGCCCCUUGAGCAUUCAGGGGGCAGCCUGGGCUGAGCUGCCCUUCAGGAGCCCGGCCGGUGCCCCAGGGGGAGCAUGUGUGGACAUCCAGCAACACAAGUUUCAGAGCCUUGUCCCCACUGGAGGGAGGUCCCCAGAGUCCCCUGGGGUCCUGCUGAGAAGCACC